ACUCCUCCAACAGCAAAGGAAAUGGAGCAUCGAGAUCAGAGGCAAGAGAGCCAUGGAGUUCAUGUUUGCAACAAAUGUGGUUGGCUCUUUCCAAAUCCUCAUCCGAGUGCUAAACACAGGCGUGCACACAAGAGGGUUUGUGGAACAAUUGAAGGUUCCAAGUUGGUUGAGUCUGAGGCUAAUACUCUCUUGACUGUCGUUUCAGAUGAUGAUGUUGAUCACAAAAUCUCCAGUCCAAAAGUCUUGGGAGGGAGUUGCAGAGACGAGGGUGUUGAUAGCAUGAAAACAAAAUCAAAGGAAUCUGAAGAUGAAGUGUUUUCAGAUGCUGUUGCAGAGUUUUCAGAGGGUGUAGGACCAAACAAAUCCAUGGUAGAUGCUUUGGAUUCAGUAAGUGCGGAAAAGAUGGUGGUGGAGGGUGAAACGAGUAGCUCCAAAAUUUUGAAAGACAAAGAAGUUCUUGUGGAUAAUUCAGUUAUUGCAGAAACUACUAUCAAUCAGUCAGGAUGUGAGCUGGAAAACAGAAUUAAGCAAGAACUUGUGAAUCUUGAGACUGAAUCUGGAACUCUGUUAUCAAGUUCUUCAGCUGAAAAUCGAAAAAAUGGAAGUUUAGCUGUUGCAGAAACUGAUAUCGACCAGUUGGGAGAUGAGCAGGAAACCAAAAUUAAUCAAGAACUUGUGGAUCUUGAGACAUCAAGCUCUUCAACUGAAAACCAGAAAGUGGAAAAUUCAGUUGGUGCAGAAACAGAGCAGGAAACCAAAAUUAAUCUAGAAUAUGGGAAUCUUGAGACCAACUUUAGAAAUGGGAACUCAGUGAUUCCAUCCAUUGAUCAUAUGAAUGCUGCUACUACUACUACAGGUGACUUGUACCUGAAUGAACCCGAAACUAUAAUGCCUGCUCUGCAACAAGAGCUGAACAUUGAUGGUGUUGAAAAUGUGUCUCAUUGUUUCUUGCCAUCUACUGAUAGAAGAUGUGAUGAUGAGGACUUUGACUUGUGUAAGAACACAGAAUUCACAGCACCAUCUGGAAAAAUUGAUAAUUAUAAAUCUAAGCCAUUACCGAAGAUGGAAAAAACCAUCGAGAUACCUACAGAGCCUUUUGCACAUAAUGAACCUCUUCAAUCAGUGGCUGACAAUGACGUGUCCAUCCAUUCUGAAAUGCCCCAAAGUGUUAUUCUUUCAGAAGUAGAACGUAAACCCCAAAGUGUGGUUGUUUCAGACGUUGAACCCAUUGACUUGACUCGAAUGAUAUCCGAUGCUCGAAAAGAACUAGAGUCUUGCAGUUCUAACAACUUACUAGAUACUGAUAUAAUAAAAGGAGAGAAUGACAAUGUGCAUCUGCCUUCUGUGUCAAGCGACUUAAAUAUCAUAGACCGCCCUGAGGCUCUGAUUGAAAAUUCAAAGGACCAUAAGGAAGUUAAAUUAACCAAUAGUGAUGUACAGGACCCUCGUGAAAGAGUCGGUGGUUUGGAAGACAAUUUUAAGGAACCCAUUCUCAAAGAGAAUUCUUUCACUUUGCGAGCAGAGCCAUUUUAUCAAACCUCUGAAGUAGCUUCUUUCGACACAAAAACUGUGGAAAGUAGGCAAAAACAAGAAAGUGGAGUCAAUAAUGUGUCAGUUGAUGUGAAAGCUGAUUGUUCUAGUAAUUGCGGCCAGGAAGCAGAAGAAAUUCCCAUUCAAGAAGUAAAUGCAGCUCAGACUAAAGGUGUACUCAGUGAAAAUGAAAAGCACGGCGGUAAGAGUCAAAUCUUAAGUGAUGCUGCAAAUUCCGGGAUGGAUAGUAUUCCCUCAGCCUCCCUUUCUUCAGGAGUUGAAUCAGUGGCAACCCCCAAUAGUUCUCUUAAUCUUUCUGAAAAUGUAACAGAAGUCUUGCUCAGUGAAGCUGGGAGAGGACAGGUUCUUCUACCUGAUGAUGUGAACAGGGACACAGUACAAAUUCAUCUUCCAGUUGAUACUCAUGAAAGAAAAGAUAAUAUUAAUGAAAAGGAUAAAUCUGACAAUUUGAAUACAGCUGUAGUUGAAGACAAAAAAGACCUUUCAGAGGAAAAGUUUUCAAUUGGGAUCGGUUCCACACCUGAACCUACCACUAACAGCAAGGAGAAUGAAUGCAUUGCGGUUUCAGAAGAGAGAGCAAAUGAAUCUCCGAGGAAAAUAUAUCUGACUGAAAGCACAGACUCAAGAAAAAUUGACAUUACUUUAACUUCACAUACUCAGGAAAGUGUAAAAAAAGAUGAUAGUAGUAGUUCUGUACAUAUGGUUAGUGAAGUAAAUUCUGAUGAUCAGUCAUGUCAUAUUGGAGAUUUUAACUCAGUUCGGAACUCUUCCAACAUUCAUGCCAACAACGACGCAAAUUUGGUUUAUGUCAGUAAUGAAACUGUCACUGGAAGAUCAGAUGCUUUUCAGGAUGGCAGUGUGAGCCAGCUUGCUGGAGAUGGAGUUAGAGUUGCUUCUGAAACUUGGAAAGAUGAUGGUGUGAAAACCGACGUAAAACCACAGCUUACGUCAUCCCUUCUUGAUGCUUCAGUCGAUGCGAUUAGUCAAACUGACAGUCUUGAAGGCAACUGGGGUUCUGUCUCAGUGCUCUCAACUCAGUCCGAUUUGCCAGCCAUUCUCGACAGUGAAGUAACACUACAAGCGCGAACCGGAGCAGAGGAAACCAAUUUGAAAAAGGUGGAUGCUGCAACUGAGCGACAACAUUCCAACAGAUCUGAUCUGUUUGAGCCACCAUCGUUUAUGACAUUGGUUGAACCAAAUGGUGGAGGAAUCCAAAAUUCAGCCACUACUGAAAUCCAGACUGCACGAAACCGAGAGCAGCCAAAUUCUGCAUCUCUACAAGCUGCCUGGUUUCCGUCUAAUGCUCAUGUUGCAAACAACUCACCAGGAAGAAAGAAGAACGAGGCAAUUAUCGCCAAGGUGACGAACUGGAGUGCAGGAAAGCCACACACUGCUCUCAAGAACCUUUUGGAUGAUGCUGCACUUGAAAACAAGCAGAAAUCGCCAACCCAAAUAAAUAAUCUGGCUUCUAUGAUUCAGAAAGAUGAAAAACCGAUGAAAAAUGACUCCAUUGGGAAACAAGUCGACUCCAUUACACGGCCGAAAUCGCCUACCUCACACUUGGGAAACAGGGAGAUUGCAAAUGAGUGGAACUCUCCUGCAAGAUACCCGUCAGACAUCAGAAGAGAAAGGAGAAAAGGGAGGCCAUAUUGGGCUCAAUUUGUAUGCUGUUCUUCAGUGCAUUAGUAGAGUAGAUUGUUGUUAUCUAGCUGUAUGAUCUACUUCUAUAGAAUACUCCAUACAUUACUUGGACUGCCCCUGCCCUUUUUUGUCUGCUAAAAUUUCAGGAUGCUUUGCUUUUUGUGGCAAAUGUUGGCCUUUUCCUCUUCUUUCUAGAAUCAUAUUUUAUCUUAA